UCUUCUAAUUCUAAAGCACAAACAUGGCGUCAAAAAUGUGGGAGAGGAAGAAAAACCAUGUAGCUCACUGUGUAGUCCUUCCUUAUCCAUCACAAGGCCACAUCAACCCCAUGGUUCAAUUCUCCAAGCGUUUGGUGCAGCGAGGAGUGAAGAUCACACUCGUAAACACUGUUUCCAUUUCGAACACAAUCACCAGAACAAACCCCACUUCCUUUGAAAUCGAGACCAUCUCUGAUGGCUACGACAAUGGUGGGCUUGCAUCAGCCGAGGGAAUCGAAGCUUACAAGGACACAUUUUCGCGAGUUGGAUCACAGACCCUAGCAGAUCUUCUUCUCAAGCUUCAAAGCUCAAGCAACCCUGUGGAUUGUGUGAUCUAUGAUGCUUUCAUGCCUUGGGUUGUUGAUGUUUCCAAGAGUUUUGAGCUCAAAGUUGCUGUGUUUCUAACUCAAGCUUGUUCAGUUAACAGCAUAAACUUCCACGCUUUUCAGAAAUCUUUGCAGUUACCAAUUUCGGAUACUGAAAUCUUGCUACCAGGAUUGCCUAAACUUGCUCCUGAGGAUUUGCCAUCGUUCUUGUUUAAAUAUGGAACUGAUCUUGGCUACUUUGACUUGCUUCUGAAUCAGUUUUCAGAGAUUGAUAAAGUAGAUUGGGUCCUUGCCAACACAUUUUAUGAACUGGAGGCAGAGGUUGUUGACUGGUUGGCCAAGAUUUGGCCAUUGAAGACAAUAGGACCAUGUGUGCCAUCUAUGUGUUUGGACAAAAGACUUAAAGAUGACAAGGAAUAUGGUAUUAGCAUAUAUACUCCAAACGCUGAAGCUUGCAUCAAAUGGCUUGAUGAUAAACCUAAAGGGUCAGUUGUGUAUGUCUCAUUUGGGAGCAGGGUAGGUCUUAGUGAGGAGCAAACUGAGGAACUAGCUUGGGGUUUGAGAGAUUGUGGUAGUUAUUUCAUAUGGGUGGUUAGAGAUUCUGAACAGGGUAGGCUUCGGAAGGGGUUUCUGGAGUCAUCAGAGAAGGGUUUAAUAGUCACUUGGUGUCCCCAAUUAGAAGUCUUAAUGCAUGAGGCUGUGGGGUGUUUUGUCACACAUUGUGGUUGGAACUCCACAUUGGAAACUUUGAGCCUAGGAGUUCCUGUUAUUUCGAUGCCACUGUGGACAGAUCAACUCACAAAUGCAAAGCUUUUAGUUGAUGUUUGGAAAAUGGGACUCAAAGCUAUUGCUGAUGGGAAAGGGGUAGUUAGAAGAGAGACGAUGAAGCGUUGCAUAAAGGAGAUUAUGGAGACUGAAAAGGGAAAUGAAUUAAGGAACAGUGCCAUCAAAUGGAAGAAUCUGGCCAAGAAUGCUGUUGAUGAGGGAGGAAGUUCUGAUAAGAGUAUUUCAGAAUUUGUGGCUGCAUUGGUCCUCUAAUGAGCUACACUGCGUUGGAGAGGAAGAAGAUUCUGAUAAAAGUUGUGUGUUGCUGACUUGCUACCAGUUAUGAUAUACACUGUGAAUGUACAGACUUUAGAUACACCGUGGAAAACCACAGUAAAGCCAAAACUAAUAUCUAGAAAUUUCUGAUUGGAGUUGUUGUUGGUUGCUUAAGAUGUAACAAUAAAAAAGGGUUGUCAAUUCAAACAAGGUGAGGAUUCGUUUUGUGAUAAACAAAAUAAAAUUUUACAAGAGAUCUGGCAUCUGAAUAUGAAUACCAUCCCUAAAAUCUGAGUUUCUCUUCUAGCUAAUCAUAUUUUCUAUUCCAUCUGGACUGGGCAGCCCUUCAUGAUCACUGGGUCCUGCCCAGGAGGCGGUUUGAUCCAUAACUACACCAUGAGAUGCUGGGGCGAGGCACCCUCCCUCAAAAUAGCUAUGGCCAUGGCAAGCAAAGGUGCCCUUGUUGGUGAGUCAGGUGACGAGUGACCUACCGUUGUCGAGCAACACAAAGGCCAGCGAAGGUCUCUCUGCCUUGACCAAUAUAGACACUUGGGCUAUUUAUGUAUUAAGGCGGAAUAAGGCCUUUGUAAAGGCUUUUGGGUCGAGUAUAACAAGGCCCAAAAGUCCACUAGAGGAUUAGGUUUAGGGUUUCAACCACCCACUAUAAAAGGGAAGGUCUUAUCUUGUAGGAUGGAUCUUGACUCAUUUUUACUAAAUUGGCUAGGUGAUUACAAAGCUCUACCUUCAUAUUAGGGUUUUAGAUCUUUUGUAAACCACCAUUGGUGGAAUGCGUUUGAAUUCUUUUUCUUAAACAUUAGUUUUGAUUUGCAUGCACUA